UUCUUGGAUGACAAUCAGAAUUAUUUCAUUUUCGUUUUCGUCAUCGUAAAGCCGCAAAAUGGCUCCUGCUAGUAAUUGCUCUCUGUGCACUAAGAAUAGAAAAGUUUUGGACACAAUUUUCGUUUGCACGACAUGUCUUGAGGGUAAGCAAUAUCACGACUUCAAAAAUGUGAAGAAGCCGAAAGACGCGAAGAAUAAGUCCCCGAAGGAUAAGACAAAGGUAGAGGAGAAGAAGGAGAAUACGGGAAAGGAGAAUAAGGCAAAGCAGAAUCAGAAAAAGGAGAAUCAGGAAAAGGAAAGCCCGGAAAAGGAAAGCCCGGAAAAGGAGAAUAAAUCAAAGGAUAAUCCAAAAACGAAUAAUAAGCCAAGGAAGACUUAUGAAAAAGGGAAUUCGGAGAAGGAGAUGCAGGAACAGGAGAAGCCGGUAAAGGAGAAUAAACCAAAGGAGGUUUCGGAGAAUAAGGUUGAGGAGAAUGUAUUAAAAGAGAUCACGGGAAAUGAGAAUAAACCGAAGAACAAUCUGGGAAAGAAGAAGAAUAAUCCAAAGAAUAAUUUAGAAAAGAAGAAUUUGGCGGAGGAGAAUCUGGUAAAGCAGAAUAUUGAAGAGAAGAAUCUGGAAAAGGGGAAUGACCCAAAGAAGAAUCCAGAAAGGAAGAAGAAUAAGUCAAAGAGAAAGAAGGCAAAGAAUAAUCCAGAAAAGGAGAAUAUGGAAGUGAAGAAUCCAGAAAAAGAUAAUAUGGAAAACGAGAAUCUGGAUAAGGAGAAUAAGCCAAUGGAAAAUAAGCCAAAAGAUAAUCCGGAAAAGGAGAAUCCUAAGGAGACAGCUGGCACUAGCAGUCCGACUGUCCUGGCUCCCGUAAUGCAAAUCGUAUAUAUCAAUAACCAAUAUUUUGUCAUCCGUAAGCCAAUCGAUGGUAAUUAGCUCCCAAGUUGACGAAACAUAAAUUCAAUUUCAUUAAUUACAAUUUAAAUCAUUGCAAAAAAAAAAAUAAACAGAAACUCAAACACACUCUCCUAACAUGUUUUGAAAAAUAAAUUAC